AUUUAGUUUGUUCUGAUUCAAAUGACUGGAACAAGAAGAUGGGCGAAUCCAACGUUAGUAGCGAGAGUGUUGGUGCUGGUGGAGGGAGACCAAGGCUUGUUCUGCAACCUCGGUCUCUGUCGGUGUCCAAUGAAGGGGGGGAAACCUAAAGGGGUUAAUCCGUUCGGAGAAGCGAGGCCAAGGGAGCAAACCUGAUGGGAUUGCCUCAAGGGUUGUAUUUCUUGGUGAGGAAUAAAAAUCACUUUGAUGAAUUGAAGAAAGCUAUGCUACCUGACUUUUUGUGGACCAAACCUGAGGGUUGCACAGAUGAGCUUCCACUGUAUGAACUGCUCAGAUCUGAUUGCCGCAGCUUGCGAAGCAGCUUUCGUGCCACCAGUAAACUCCUCCACAAGCUUCUAUUGAAUAUUUGAGUUUAAAGCUUGAGCAAAGAUGGAGGUGAAAAACUCUUUGCCGAGUACUACAAGUGCACUCGUUGCUUAUGAUGAAGACGGCCAUGUUAAAAGGACUGGAAAUUUAUGGAGUGCUGUGGCUCACAUCAUCACUGCUGUUAUUGGAUCUGGUGUUCUAUCUCUUGCAUGGAGCACUGCCCAGUUGGGAUGGAUUGGAGGGCCANUUGUAGUGCUUUGUUUUGCAAUCGUCACCUAUGUUUCUUCAUCCCUCCUUUCUGAUUGUUAUAGAACUUCUGAUUNUGGGAAAAGAAACUACUCAUACAUGGAUGCUGUUAGAGUCAAUCUUGGUAAAAGAAGGACAUGGUUGGCUUUCCUUCAAUUUUUGACCUGUUAUGGGACUAGUUGUGCUUAUGUACUCACUACUGCAAAUAGUUUAAGAGCAAUUCUGAAAGCAAAUUGUUAUCACAAGGAAGGGCAUCAAGCUCCUUGUGCUUAUGGGGGCAAUACUUAUAUGAUGAUGUUUGGAAUUGUUCAAAUUGUAAUGUCAUUCAUACCAGACCUCCAUAACAUGGUAUGGGUCUCAGUUUGUGCAGCAGUUAUGUCCUUUGCAUACUCCUUCAUUGGACUAGGACUUGGCUUGGCAAAGGUUAUAGAAAAUGGAAGAAUUAUGGGGAGCAUAACAGGAAUACCAGCUACUAACAGUGCUAACAAGUUAUGGUUAGUCUUCCAAGCACUUGGUGACAUUGCUUUUGCUUAUCCAUAUGCUUUGCUCCUUCUUGAGAUACAGGACACUCUGAAGUCUACUCCACCAGAAAAUCAAACCAUGAAAAAGGCUUCCAUGGUUGCAAUCAUUGUGACAACAUUCUUCUACCUAGCUUGUGGAUGCCUUGGAUAUGGAGCUUUUGGAAAUGAUACACCAGGGAACAUCUUGACAGGGUUUGGGUUUUAUGAGCCUUAUUGGCUUGUUGCCUUUGCUAAUGCUUGCAUUAUUCUUCAUUUGGUGGGAUGAUAUCAGUCAACCAAUAUAUACUACUGCUGAUAGAUGGUGGUCAAAAAAAUUCCAGGAGAGUGAGUUUGCAAACAAGAGUUACAUAAUAAAAUUGGCUUUAAUCCCUUGUUAUGAGCUGAAGCUAUUUAGGUUGUGUUUUA